AUGAAAAAUGUGAAAGCUGAAACGAAACUUGAUGGACUUCCUAAAAUUACAUCAACUAUUAAAAGUGUCCUUGAGCCUCAGCAACUCAAAUCGUCGAAAAUGCCUUACGCUGAUAAACGAUACGGCCUUACAGUAUAUAAUCCGCCUCCAAACGAGCUCGGAUUUCUUGGUGGUUUGGGAAAAAGAACUGGAAACGUAAGAUCAAAAGCCCACAUUCAACGCCCUUCCAUGAAUCAAAUCUUGUUUAAGAUGCGAACUGCAAACAAAAUCCUUGUUUCAUUCUCAGAAGAUCCAAUAAUGUCAAAUUCUUUCAUCACCACACAACAGCUUAAAAAAUCACCCAAACUACCAAUAAAAACAAACAAAAAAGAUUUAAAUCAAAAAAUAUCUCAAAUCCAAAUUGCCGACAACGUCAUUAAAGUCUCUAAAGGAUUUAAAGGAAAUUCUACAACAUCAGAGACAGAGAGAUAUUUGAAUGCGGAAUCUAAGAAGAAGGUUGAAGUUGUUGUUGCGGAGACAAAAAAGUCGAAAGGCUUAAGUUUUGGGGCAAUGAAAAAACUUUCUAUUUUGUCAGCAUUGAAGAAAGAAGAAGUAAAAGAAAGUGUGGAAGAAGUACAGAGCUUUAGAGCUUGGGCAAUGGCUGAAAGGGAGAAACGCCAUGAGGCUCUUCAACAAGUUUCAUCUCAACAGAUUAAACAAGAAAGAGAAGCAAAUGAAUUUUUUCCAAAGGUCAAGCGACGACCGAAAACUUAUUUAGGGAUGUCAAAGAGAGACCGAGGAUUACUUCCAGGUGCUGAACAUCUGGGUGGGUAUCUUUAUGGUGGAUUCAUUGAAGAUUCCGGUCCAGACGCUACAAUGUUAACACAGACAAAAUUUAACGUUCCUUAUACUAUGUUUAGUCGAGCUCAAGUUGAAUCAAAGGUCAGAGCGAUGAGUCGAAAGAAGAUUCAAAGUGCACGAUUGGAGUACAUGAAGAUACCACAAAUACCUUCUGACUCGGAAAACUCCGAUGAUAUAUACGAAGAUAUCAAAGGAUUGUCUCUUGUUCGUACACCUUAUUUCAGCAUCCCCACAAUCACAACGACGAAAGUAAAACGAGUGGAACGCUUAAGAAGCAAAUAUUUGAAAGGUAAUCGCUUGAAGCGAAUCAACUUGUUGUUGUUUGAUCGUAAGUUAAGUGCUGAGAAAUAUCGAGAGAAAUAUGCAUCAAGUGAAAACGAUUUUAUGUCGUUCCAAACGGAAGUUGAAGAGAGAAACGAAAAUGAUGUUGAAGGAAAGAAAACGAUUGAACAGCAACUACUUGAUACAUCAACAAGCUCAAAUUGUUUACCGUUGAUGGAAAUAAAAGCAAACGUUCGGAAAACUUUUGAUUCAGAAUAUCGUCAACGAUAUCAUGAUUUCUUAACCGAGAAAUAUCUUGAGAAGCUCGAGCAGUACAAUAAGAAUUUGGAUCAAAAGUUAAUAGCAUAUGAGAAUCGAGAGAUGCAACCGUCAGCAUUGAGUGUCCACAAUCCGGAAAAGGGUAUGAAAAUAAUGAAAAACUAUACAAGUCUUAUGAGAUCCCAAUCGAAUAUUCGAAAACGUCUUCAAGUCAAUGCGCCGGCUUUUGAAGAAGAACGCUGCGGGACGAAAGAAAUGGGCAGCUUUUAUCACCGAUUGGCAACUGAGUGGGAUCCACAUUAUGAAGAUCUCAUGAAUUUAUUCGCCAAGCAGGAAAUUGAGAAUGAAAUGAUAAAUAAAACGACAAAAUUUAUUAAGGCAUGUGAACCACAAUUUCAACAAUUGCAAAAUAAUUCGUUUGAAAAAGCAAAGGAAAAGCUUAAACUCAUUGAUACUGUAACAGUAAAGACAAAUGAAUUACAGGAAACUUUAAGAAAUCGUAAGGAUCAAAUGGAUUUAUUAAUGCAGAAGCUAAUGUUUGAUGAGAGAAGAUGGGAAAGUAUUAUGAUGAUGCAGGGAAUUCAAAGUGAGCUACUUUUAGUAGUCAUCAUAAUAGAGAGACAUAUGAGACUUGUUUUCCCCUGCAAGAAUGUUAAAUACUUCGUAGAAGUGAAAAGACAUCAAAAUAUCAACUCAUUACCUUAUAUUGACUAUGAUAGCAAUUAUUAG